UAUAUAUAUCUUCAUAAUAAUAAUAGCAGCUUAAUUAGUUUUAUUCAUUUUUUCUUUCGAUGGAGAAUUACUCCAUAGUUUUCUCCGAUGGAUCUUCAGCUUCACCAUCAUCGUUAACCAUGGCGAAUCAUCAUCAUCAACAACGAAGUUAUUUGCAAAGCAACAAUGGUGUAAAUACAUGUAAGAAUAUGGAUGCCUCCAUUGACAAGAAUGAAGGGGAAGUUGCAGGGAAGAAAGGUGACAAAAAAGAGGUGAUGAAGAAACACAAAUAUGCAUUUCAAACAAGGAGUCAUGUUGAUAUUCUUGAUGAUGGAUAUCGUUGGAGGAAAUAUGGCCAAAAAACUGUUAAAAACAGCAAAUUCCCAAGUUAUUAUAGGUGUACACAUAAAGAGUGCAAUGUGAAGAAACAAGUGCAACGAAGUUCAAAAGAUGAUGAAAUUGUGGUGACUACUUAUGAAGGGAUACACACCCAUCCGGUGGAAAAAUUAUUUGAAAACUUUGAACACAUCCUCAAACAGAUCCAAACCUACAAUCCUUUAUAAAUAAUUCUCUUUUUAAUUCAUUAUCCAAGAUUAAGACUUUCUCUGCAUCUUUAGCUUGUAGUGUUAUAAAUGUCUACCAUACUCUUCACCAUGAAAAUAUUGAAGAUAUGCUUUUUAUAUAUA